AUGAGUAUUCUAGCCUACAACGGUGCUGCCAUCAUGGCAAUGAAGGGCAAAAACUGUGUUGCCAUUGCUGCUGACAGGCGGUUUGGUGUGCAGGCACAGACCAUUAGCACGGAGUUUGAGAAAAUCUUUGAGAUGGGACCACAACUGUUUGUGGGACUGCCCGGCCUGGCAACAGAUGUUCAAACAGUAUUCCAGAGGUUAAAGUUCAGGUUGAACAUAUAUGAACUGAGAGAAAAUAGACGAAUCAAACCCAAGACGUUCAUGAGCAUGGUCUCAAAUUUGCUGUAUGAAAGACGGUUUGGUCCAUACUUUGUGGAGCCUGUCAUCGCAGGAUUAGACCCCGUGACAUCUGAGCCUUAUGUUGCCUCCAUGGAUUUGAUUGGCUGCCCCAUGGAGACUAAUGAUUUUGUUGUCAGUGGAACUUGCUCGGAGCAGAUGUACGGCAUGUGUGAAUCUCUGUGGGAACCCAAUCUUGAACCUGAUGAUCUGUUUGAGACCAUCUCUCAGGCCUUGAUGAAUGCUUUUGACCGUGAUGCUGUGUCUGGUUGGGGAGCUGUUGUUUAUAUUAUAGAAAAGGACAAAGUUACCAAGAGAUUCCUGAAGACACGCCAGGAUUAA